AGAGGUAGAAAUGAAAUAUUUAUAAAAGAAGCGAAGCUAUUUCCACAUACAGAAGGAAAGGUCCCAGCCCUAGCAGUUUUCUAUUCCUCGUCGCAGCACUGUUCGCCGCUCAAAACCUUCGUUUUUCCGGAAAUUAUAUAUGGUUAGUUUCUUUUAAUAUCAAUGGCAAACAGACCAGACCCGGAUAUCGAUGAUGAUUUCAGUGAAAUUUACAAGGAAUACACUGGGCCCCCGGGGUCUACAGUUUCCAAGGCACAAGAUAGGGUGAAAGAGAAUAAACGUUCUCAUGCUGGUUCCGAUGAGGAAGAGGAACAGCGUGACCCCAAUGCUGUGCCCACUGAUUUCACCAGCCGGGAAGCUAAGGUUUGGGAGGCUAAGUCUAAGGCUACUGAGAGGAAUUGGAAGAAGAGGAAAGAAGAAGAAAUGAUUUGCAAAAUAUGUGGAGAAUCAGGCCACUUUACUCAGGGUUGUCCAUCCACCCUUGGAGCCAAUCGCAAGUCUCAGGAUUUCUUUGAAAGGGUACCUGCCAGAGAACCACAUGUAAGAGCACUUUUCACGGAGAAAGUUAUACAGAGGAUUGAAAAGGAUAUUGGUUGCAAAAUCAAAAUGGAUGAGAAAUUUAUAACCGAGGGCAAGGAUAGGUUAAUAUUGAAAAAGGGUGUGGAUGCUGUACACAAAGUAAAGGAUGAAGGUGAUCAAAGGGGUUCUUCUAGUUCUCACAGGAGCAGAUCCAGGUCACCUGAGCGAAGUCCUGUUGGUGCACGGUUGCGACGCCCUGAAUCACAGAGGGCUCAUUCAGGGCCACAUAAUUCAGCACACUUUCAACAAAGAUUUGGCAGGCAAGAUAGACUGGAAGAUCGUGUCCGUGAGGAUCUGCGGAAAUUUUCUAGACGUUCUCCACAAGCUUAUGGUAAUGAUGGAGCUAGGAGUCGCUCAAGCCACUCUAAAUCUCCAGGCCGUUUACCUUAUGCUGGCAACUCAUAUAAUUCCUAUGAUGGUCAUAAUCAAAACAUGGGGCCUUAUAGAACUGAUGCAUGGGAUACUGAGAGACGGGGAUCUGAUUUGCAAUCUGGCAAUCAGUUUGAAUACCCUGCCUUCCCUCAAAUGUUAGAUGAGUUGGAGUUGGAAUAUAAGAGAGAGGCAAUGGAACUUGGGAGAAUUCGUGAUAAGGAAGAAGACGAAGAGAAUUAUAAGCACCGGGAGACUAUCAAGGAGAUGAGAGAGAACUACAUCAAGAAACUGGCUAUGUUAAGGGGCACACAAAAUAAGCAGUGGGAGGAAUUUCUUCAAUUGGAUGCCCAAAGGCGUCAGCAACAGGCCCGGCAACAAAUGACUGCUUCAGGCUUUGGUGCUUAUAAACAGCAGGCUUAUUCUGAAUAUGAUGGCUCAACAGUCAAUGCUCCUUAUGCUGGAGCUAGUUUACCUAUUGAUUCAAGGGGCAGGUACCCAAAUCCUAUGGAUAAUUAUCCCCUUAGGCCUCAUGACUCGUAUGGUGAGUUUCAACGUCAGAGGCGUGAAGAUUUUGGGAAAGCUUACAAUCGAUACUAAAUCAGUAUACUGGGCUUGUUUUGGGUCCACCAAAUCUUGGUCGGGUAGGGAGUAAUACGAUGGUGAGCUCAAAUCUAGGUAAGUAUGAUGGUUCUGUAUCAGAGUUAAGAAGGGAACACUGCUACUCCUUUGAUGUUUUAUUGUAGUUCCAAUUUCAAUUUGAUAACUUGGCUCUGCCCAGGACUUCUUUAUUUAAGGAAGUCAGAUGCAGUUUUGGGAUUUUAGUUAGAGUAGUAAUAUUUGGAAACAAACCUUGAAUGAUUGUUGAUUUGCAUUAAGUAAUGGACUCUUCAUUUUAGAUGGCAGCA